AUGGACGCAUUUCUGGACACUGCAAAGAGAAAAGACAUUCUUACAGCUGUAGUUCACGAGGGGGAUGUUGUUGAUGUCAUGCAUGAAGAUGAAAGCUCUCCUGCUCAUGUUCUCAAGCUGAAUGGAAUGACAGGACAGUUUUUGUUUCACCUGCUUUUGAAAGCUGUUCUACUGUAUGAGACUUUGGCAUGGGAAGUGAAAAUGCCAAAGGAAAUUCAUGGUCUCAAAGGCUCAUGUCUGGUUAUACCAUGUUCUUUCUCCUACACAUCGUAUCCACCCACCAACCCAAACAGAGUUGUGUGGUAUCAGUGGGUCUCUAAAGGCUACCCUAUAGUUUAUGAUCUCAAGAAUCCGUCUACUGUAAUAGAGAAGUUCAAAGGAAAAACUGCUUUAUAUGGCAACACUUCAAAUAGGGACUGCAGUCUUGUCAUUACACAUCUGGAUCAGUCCCACCAUGGACAGAAAUUAUAUGCAUGGAUUGACCCAGACAGUAUUGGAUGGCGCACAUACAAGUUUUAUGAUGUCACAACCACGAUUCUUGUGGACGCAAGCCCAGAGAAGCCCACCAUCAAUGUUAAUGGAGGUGUAAGGACCGGUGACAACAUUACAGUAACAUGUGAAACCUACCACACCUGUCCGUACAGCAAACCAAACAUCACUUUGAGUGGUAUAGAAGGAUCUGAUAAAAUACAGGACAUUUUUGGAAAGGGUCAAUGGAAAAUCACUCUGACACGCACAGGUGUCGUGAAAGCUGAGCACUUGGAUAUCGAGUGUAUAGUGACACAUUAUGGAGGCAUAACAGCAAGUGCUACAAAAUCACAAAGUGCAAAAUGUGUCAGUUAUAAUGUAACCAUUGAACCUGAACUGGCAGAGGUCAUAGAGGGUGUUGUAAAGAACUUCACUUGUACAGUCAACCAUUCCUGCCAAAAAGAGCAUCCUACCAUCUCAUGGAAAUUUAAUGACAUGCAGGUCACAGGAAAGGAUGAAAGCCUUACAAAGUUCAAUUCGACCAUUGUUUCUUCCACCGUAACCAUUUUGGGUGCUAAAAAGGAUCAUGGGAAGAAAUUGACAUGCACAGGAACAAUUUCUGAGAUAAGAAUCGCAGCAUUUGUUGUUUUACAUGCGCAACUCUUUGACCUGAAGACAACUGGACUUUACAUUCUCGUCCCCUCAUCAUGUGUUGUGCUUCUCAUUUGCGCUUUGGCUGGAGUCGUCAAAUGCAAAAGGAGUCAAAGACCUUCACCUGAUAUGCAAGAGUCACAACCUGCACAAAGUUCAAAAGAUGUGUGUUCAGUGUCAGCAAACAAGCCUUUCUCCAAACCUCGUAUGCCAUCACCAAACAGUCAGCGAAAAUCCGGCUCUGAUCAUGAAGAUUAUUACACCAAUAUGGAAGAACUCAACAUGUAUGGCAACAUCUGAUGAAAAAAUUCCACGUCACCCUAAUGUGCCAUGGAAAAUCCAAUUCUGUCAUUUUAAAUUUUAGCAUGAAAAUAUUUUACACAUGCUUUUAUACUAAACAUAUUUUUUUUACUGUAACUUUGUUAAAACAUCUGGAUGUGGGUUUGGGUUUUCAACUCCAGU